AUCUAGAGAUGCUUGACAGAGAUGCAGGCUGACACUGGGCAGGAGCGGAGACUGAGAAGGAGAAAUAAUGAGAGAAUUAUAAAGCUAGCCGGACUGGUGGACUGAUAGAAAACAGAAAUAGGCUGCACAAGGACAUUUGAAGAUAUGGCUGAAACAUUUCAUACAUUCAUCACAGGUCUUUGUGGCUUUAUAAAAGAUUAUUUUCACUCGUUCUGGGACUAUGAGACCCCGAAGGUGAUGGUGGUUAAAAACAGAACUCUUGGAGUCAUUUACAGGGGCGUUCAGUUCCUUGUUAUCACCUAUUUCAUCUGGUACGUCUUUAUUAGUCAGAAAGCGUACCAAGAGAGUGAAACCCGUCCAGAGAGCUCUGUUUACACGCUUAUGAAAGGCACAGCAGCUCACGGAGAUGAUAUCCUGGACACCGCGGAGUAUGCUCGACCAUCAGAGGGUGGCGACGUGAUCAGUACAUUACUGAGAAGAGAAUUCACAUAUGAUCAGAAGCAAGGCACCUGCGCUGAGCAUUUUGAAGUUGCCAAUGCAAACUGCACAAAAGACUCUGACUGUGUUGAAGGGGAGGUUGACUUUGAUGGCCAUGGCAAACGGACCGGGAGAUGUGUUCAGUACUACAACUACACUUUCAAAACAUGUGAGAUCCAAAGCUGGUGUCCCAUUGAGGAGUAUGCUGUAGUACGAGAGCCGCCAUUAGUGGAAGCCAUCAACUUCACAGUGUUCAUCAGGAACUCUAUCCACUUCCCCAAAUUUAAAGUGUUAAGGGGAAAUAUAAAGGAUGCUUCAACCAAGCGUGAAGUUAAGAGAUACCUCAAUAAGUGUAACUAUGAUAAGGAGAAAGAGCCCUACUGCCCAAACUUCAGCCUGGGCUACAUUGCAGCACAAGCAAGGGAAAAUUUCAGCGAGCUCUGCAGGACUGGAGGAGUGAUAGGGGUGUUCAUCAACUGGGAUUGUAACCUGGACCUCGAUCCUUCAUACUGUAAACCUACAUAUUCAUUCCGCCGUCUUGACCUCCGAAAGGAUCUGACCAACUAUGGUUACUACUACAGGUUUGCUAAAUAUUACAGGAAGGAUGGGGUCGAGUCCCGGACGCUAAUCAAGGCCAUUGGCAUCCGUCUAGAUAUCAUAGUCCAUGGACAUGCUGGUAAAUUUAGUCCCAUUCCAACCAUCAUCAGCACAGUCACUGCUCUGACUUCAGUUGGGAUUUGCUCCAUUAUCUGUGACUGGAUCAUGCUGACAUUUAUCGACAAGAACGAAGUUUACAGCAUUAGAAAGUUUGACGAGGUGAUCAAGGCGCCCGCAGUAUCCAUUUCCACUGAGCUCAGCUUCAUCAACAGCUAUGGCUCAAACCAUUCGGACCUGUCAGACGGUGUGCCGCUGUGAUGCCAUCGCAGGUUGCCUCAGUCCUCUCUGGCCAAGCGCGACGACUCUCCUCUAGCAACAGCAACCGCUUCUGAGGCGUCUGCAGCAGCUCACUGACUGACACUGACAUCAGGUUGUUGUAAAGUGGGAUAAAUUAAUCAAGAACGUCAUCCUCAUGGGCAUCUUCCUGAGAGAUGGUUGUCUCUCUGUGUUUCUGUCUCACAAAUUCAGUUCAUAUAUCUCCUCAAAAACUGAUGGACCUCAACUGUUCACAAGUGGAAUAAACUCCAACUUGAUCUGACUAAAUAUACCAUGUACAAUAGCAUUAGAGAAUGUGUUUAUUUUCUUUAUAUAUAUAUACAACAAAAAAAUGUACACUGUCAUGAAGAGCAGACUUAUAAACCAUACAACCUACCAUAUAUCCAUGUAUUACAGGCAGUCAAUCCAUCAAUAAAUAUGCUUUAUUGCCUUGUGUUUCAGACGUUAGCAUUCCUACAACAUAUUUCUUGGACACAAAAUAACAUUAAAUAUCUCUGACGUUAGCUGUUAUAAGGAUAAAACAGCCUGCUGUGUUUGAAGAAUAUUCGGAUUCAUUUCACUUUCAUCUUUUGACCUGACGUGAACAGCAGACUGAGAGGGAAACUGCGCACCAGGAGAACAAUGAGCAGUAAUCCAAUAACGCAGACAUUUCCCAUAAAAUGGUUCCUCUAACAAGAUAAUGGCAAAGUGUGAAUCCAUCCCGAGGCCUGAGAGCAAUACAAAUGUCAGUGGUAAAAAAAAAAAAAAAAAAAAUGACUGAAGACUGAAGUCUUAUGGAUCAAUAUCUGCCACAAUCAAGAGAUGCACAAUGGACAGACUCCUGUCAGUUUGGAAAAAGCAUUUUUGUGACAAAAUUUUACAAGUGGAUUGUUAAUUGAUUUCAUGGUAGUGGAUAUUUAACAUGUGCUGAAGUGAUGGUGCUCUCAUUCCCUCUUUCAGCAUCCUACUGUAAAUGUACAGCAGGUGUCGGCAAGAACCUCUAAGUAAGCCAAUCUAAUUGUGCCUCAGUUCAACCUGAAAUGUGAUUAGAUGUCUGGGACACACCCAUGAGCAGGCAAAGUGAGUCAUCUGUGUGUGUGCAGCGGGGUUUAAGUAAUGGAACCACAUGGGUCAAGAGGACUAUGAUCCAGACUUAGCCACAGUAAUUACUAACCACAAAUUCACCGACUCGUGUAAGAUUUUUUUUUUUUUUUUUUUAACUAUAUUGUUAUUACAGGAAAAAUCUAAUUGUCAAGCAGCCAGAAAUCUUUUCAUAUUAUCACACUUCUGUUGUGGGUCAGAAAACGACUUUCACUGUUUUGGUUGGUCCAGUACGCAGUUCUGUCAGAUUUUCUUCCAUGUCUGUACAUGUCUGUGUGGUAGACACUGAACAUUAUGGAAGGCUUUGUAUCUUCCUUUUGUGCGUUUUUUCCUCCCCUCCUCUCUCUGUUGUGUUUUUAUUGUGAUUUGUUCCCUGUGGGUCUGAAAUAAAGAAA